AUUAUUCUGAAGCACCUACAUUACAGUUUCCUUCAAUAGCGGCAAAAUAUUAUUUUGUUUUUGUGCGUUAGACGGCGCGAUUAAAUAAGUGUUUCUCAUCUAUGUGAAACCCAGAGAAUCGUGUAACUUUAUUUCCUUUCCUAUCAUUAACUUUAUAGGCUAUAUUUCUUUUACUUUGGAGUGUUCAAUACGCAUGGUUUAUCCAAAUUAGUGUUGUACGUGUCAAUCUAAAUAUGCCUAAAGAAAAGGAGUCGUUAUAUACCCGAAAAUACCGAGUUGCUUGGGAAUCCGAUGCUGAACUUAAAGGAUGGAUUGGUCCUGUAUUAGCAGAUGAGACAAAGUCGCUUUGUAAGAUAUGUAAAUGUACUUUAGCUGCACAUAAAAAAGACUUACUGCUUCACGGUAAAAGUAAGAAACAUCAAGAGGCGGAGAAAAGAUCUUUGGCUGGCCCGAGUAAAAAAAUUACUGAGUUUAUGAAAAAAGAUAGUAAAUAUUCAUUGAUUAUAGAUGAGAGCACUGCAGUCGAUUCCACAAAAAUGCUAUGCGUUAUGAUAAAAUAUUUUAGUAAAAAGCAAACUAAGAUUGUUACGACUUUCUACAAACUUAUCGAAAUUGAAAAGGGAGAUGCCAUAACUAUCUCGGCUGCGGUGACAAAACAACUGGAGCUAGACGGUUUAAAAUUAGGGAAUCUAAUAGGAAUCGGUGUUGAUGGAGCCAAUGUUAUGGUUGGAGCGCAUAAUUCAGUAGCUUCUUUUUUGAAAGCAAAGAAUAAUGAACUUGUUAUUAUUAAGUGCGUCUGUCAUUCUCUGCAUUUGGCAGCAGAGUAUGCAUUUAAACUUCUACCUCGUCAUUUGGACUUUAUAAUCAAGGAAUGCCACAAUUGGUUCUCUUGUAGUACAAAAAGGCAAAUAGCAUACAAACAAAUAUUUGAAACACUGACGGAUCAAAAACCACUAAAAAUUGACCAACUAUCAGGAACCAGAUGGCUAGCCAGAUACAAUGCGAUAGUUAAAAUUCUAGAACAAUGGGAUGCAUUAAAAAUACACUUUGGUAUAGUAAAAGAUAAUGAAAGGUGUUAUAUGGCUGAACAGCUGUUUCAAAUGUUAUCGGACCAAACUAAUGUAUUAUAUUUCACCUUUUUGAGUUGGACAUUGAAAGAAAUAAUUAGAGUUAAUAAACUGUUUCAGUCAGAGUGUGCAGAUCCACUGAAAUUAAUGGAAGAUUUGAAUUUAUUACUUUUCAAUAACCUAAGUAUUUUAGUACCACCUAUGAGACUUCAAAAAAUUUCAAAAAAUAACGUCGUUGAUUUCAAAUUUGAAGAUUACAUUAUGGAUAUAGAAUUGAUAAAUUUAGGAUAUUCGUUCAAUUCAAAAGCGUCAUCCUUAGCAAUUAAACAAGAUGAACUACUAAUGGUGCGAACUAGAUGUAAAGAUUUUUUAGUGGAAUUAUGUCGACAAAUUCAAAUGAGAAUCCCUGAAAGUAUGAAUAUUUUGGAGAAAAUAAAUUCAUUUAACCCCGAAUUAGCUACGUCCAAGAUACGUCAACCUGAAAUAACUAAUAUUGCUUUAUCUUUCUCAACAAUAUGUCCUGACCUUGAUAGUACAAUUGCAGAAUGGAAAUCACUUCCUCGAAUAAAUUGGAUAAACCUGCCUGAUACAGAAAAGUUUUGGGUUGAGGUGGCAAAUAACGUCGAUGCAGCAGGGGAACCUAGAUAUAAAAAUAUUUCAUCAUUAGCUCUUGCGUUACUCAGCCUUCCAUUUUCUAAUGCUUCAGUUGAGAGAGCUUUUUCCAUUAUAAAUGUGGUAAAAAACAAACUUAGAAAUCGCUUGGCGAUUCAUAGUACAGAUGCUAUCAUGAGAGUUCGAUGGUAUCUGUGCAAUUUAAAAAAUGGUUGUACAGAUUUUCAACCAACUGAAAAUAUGUUGCAAUAUUUCAAUUCUGAAAGAAUGUAUGAUUGCAAAAAGGAGGAGGAAGAAGUUUUAAAUGCAUUCUCGGAGCUGUAG